UUGUCUUUUUCUCUUGUUAAAUGGUGAAGAAUGAACUGCCAAGAAAGUCAUGGAACUGCCUUCAUGGGGUGUAGCAUGGUAGAAGCAAUAGCUCAUGAAGAAUUGUCUGAAGAACAACAAGAAGUGAAGGAACUGUAUCAGCCACUGAAAGUUUACUUGAGAGUUCGGCCCUUCUCAAAGGCAGAGCUUGAAAAUAACGAAAACCAGGACUGCUUAAUUAUUGAAAAUCAAAAGACAGUAACACUUCAGGCUCCAAAAGAAUUGGCCCCAAUUAAGAAUAACGAAAAGAAGAUUGGACAAUCUGCUGCACAUCAAUUCACUUUCACAAAGGUUUUUGGACCAGAUACAACUCAAAAUGAAUUUUUUGGAGGCACAAUGAAAGACAUUGUAAAGGCAUUCCUUAAUGGAAGAAAUGGGCUUGUUUUUACUUAUGGUGUUACUAAUGCAGGCAAAAGUUUCACUGUCCAAGGUUGUCCAAAAGAUGGUGGCAUUCUUCCUCGUUCCCUUGAUAUGAUAUUUAUUCAUAUAAAAGGAAGGCAGUAUUCAAAGAUGAAUUUAAAACCUUGCUUCAGUAAUCUUACCAAGAGGCUAAAUGAUAUGCAGGUUAAGCAAGAAGAAUCCAUGAAAGCUGCACUUCUUGUUUCUUUGAAAGAGGAGACAGAAAAACCUUUUGGUCCUUUAAGCGCAUCAGAUUCAAUGUCAUGCAGCUGUAACUCACCAAACCUUCCUUUGGAUCAGUUAGAUUACAAACCUGAAUUUGUAAAUUCAGAGGCUUUUACCAAGGGUCAGAAAACCCUAGCAUCACUUUGGGUUUCCUUCUUUGAAAUCUAUAACGAGUACAUUUAUGACUUACUGGACUUACUACCAGCCUUGAAAAAUCAGAAGCGCAAAGUUUUAAGAAUCUGUGAGGAUCAAGGAGGAAACUUCUACAUCAAAGAUUUAAAGUGGGUCAAUGUAACAAACUCAGAAGAAGCUUGUAAAAUACUUAAAAUAGGAAAUAAGAACAGAAGCUUGGCAUGCACCAAGAUGAACCAGCAAUCCAGUAGAAGCCACAGUAUAUUUUCUAUUCGACUCCUCAGUUUAAGUGAUGAAGAUGUGCCACGCACUCUUGGGAUCUCAGAACUUUCCCUCUGUGACCUGGCUGGUUCAGAAAGAUGCCAUAAAGCUCGAACAUUUGGAGACAGACUAAAAGAAGCUGGCAAUAUUAAUAAUUCUCUUCUUAUUCUUGGAAAAUGUAUUGCAGCUCUGAAACAAAAUCAAAACUCAAAAUUAAGGCCAACUUAUAUUCCCUUCCGAGAGAGUAAACUGACGCGCCUCUUCCAACCAUUCUUCUGUGGUAAAGGCAAAGCCUGCAUGGUUGUCAACAUUAGUCAAUGUGCUUCCACGUAUGAUGAAACACUGCAUGUAAUGAAGUUUUCUGCUGUAGCAAAGCAAGUUAUUCAAACAUUUCAACACAAACUCUUUGAUUAUUUUCCUCAAAAGUAUGCCAGGAGAGAAGAUAAACCUACAGUGCACUUUGAUGAAAUAUCCAUUGAGCAAUUUCAUGCAUAUGCUGAUGUUGCUACCUCUUCUGAAGAUGAGGAAAUAGAUAUCACUAUUCUGAGCCAUGAGGAUCUCUUGAAAAGAACAGAGAUGCUAAAAGAUAAACUGAUCGCAGAGAGACAAGGCAAACUACUUCUUGAAGUCCAAAUACGCAAAGAAAUGGCCAAAGCAAUGUUUCAGCAACUUAUGGAAACAGAAGAAGCUUGGAGCAAGCGCUUAGAAGAUUUAAAAGAAAGUUAUGAAGAAAAACUGGAGAAUAAAUUUGAAAUGUAUAAGGAUGCCAUAAAGAAGCAUGCAUACACAUGUGCAAUGGACCAAAUUGAAGAGCGCUAUGUUCCAAUAGAAGAGUUCAUAGCUGAACAAGAGAAGGUUCAGGACAGAGAAAUGAAAAUACUAGAGCUGAAAUUAAAACUUGGAGAACAAAAUAGCCUGCCUUCAGAAAAUCCCUGUUUAAACCCUUUGGAAUGGAAGAUGAAUUUAGAUACUAAAUGCAAGAUGGUGGAGAAAACUUCAGAUGCUCUACAGAAACCGUGUAAAGAGAGAGAUGAGUUAAUAAAAUCACUGAAAUUGAAAAUUCAGAAAUUAAAUGAAAUGCUGCAAGAUGCCAAGGAAGAAUAUAGAAAAACAGUUGAGGAGAAUAAUAUAUUAAAGCAGAUGGUGAUGCUUAAGGAACAAGAAAUCAUUGGGCUUCAAAACUUGGCUAAAUGUGACCAUGAACCUGAAACCACGUUAUCUCACAUACAAGAAGAAUUAAAUGAAAACAACAGUCUGUUAAGUGCAGAAAGUAAUAAACAUAAUAAAGCCAAAAAGGGCUUCUUUGCAAGUCUGAAAUAUACAGCAACAGAUAGUCCUAAGAUAUCGAAAAGUAAAGGUCUGGAAAAACCUGAGGAGUCCCUUACUGCAUCACACAGACUGGUGUCAGUAGCACAUCAAAUAAAACAAUAAUGCUGAUCAGGACUCACUGAACCAAAUUUAUACAUUUGGAAAUCACAGGGAUAUAAUAAGCUUAAAUGUAUUUACUUUGAAGGGAACAAAAUGUCCUGUAUUUUAUCAUCGUUGUAAUAUGGGAGUAGAUAUUUCACAAGAGUUAACUUGAAGUAAAUUGUAAUUUUUAUCUUAGUGCUAAAUUUGCUGUCCCUGUGAUGGUUGGACUACAAUCCACAGAAUUUGCCAGUGUAUCAGGAAGGGUUAUUCUACCAACAUACCUGGUGGACAUCAGAUGAGGGAAGUGGGCUAAAUAAUAUCUCCAUCAAGAAUGCUAUGGCUUCUUCUAAAAUUCCUUCAUUGUUAUGUCUUUCUCUUUCGAGAACUUUUUUUAAACUGUUAUAAAAUGCGUAUGUUUAGAUCUUGAUAUUCACACAUCUUAGCUUCAUAACGAUUGUGAAAAUGUGCAGGAAGCAACCUUACCUCUAUUCUUUUGCUUCCCAGGAAUUCAAACAGGACAAAAAUUUUAAUAAUUGACAUGGUAUUGUUGGUAUUUUGAGACUGUUAUGACUGUUAUGACUAGCUGUUUGACACCAAUAAACUAUUCUUUUUCUUUUGUA